CCACGCCACGCCGCCUGCGUCUAACCAACUCUCCUCAUCCACUUUGCGCUUCCCACCCAACGCCCACUUCCCCUUGCUUCGCGUUGGCGCCAUCCAUGGCAGUGCAGGCGCGCCACCUCUCCCACGCUUUCCCCCCCUACCUCCACUCCUUCAGGGCUAUGGACGACGUGGGGGUGGUGCCGGGCACGGCGUUCUUCGACGAGUACGGCUUGAGCGCGCCGGCGCCAGGGCUCGGCGGCACGCCGGUGCUCGGUGACUUCCCGCGCAGCGAGCUGACGUGCAACUACGGUUUCGAGCCGAGGAAGCGGCCGCGCGUGACGGCGGAGGCGGCGGGUUCCUUGGAGGAUCGCAGCGUGGUCCUGCCCCCGGCGGUGGCGCAGGAACUUGUGGCGGCAGUGCCAGUGGGCAACGGGCAGAGAAGGGCGGCGGGUUCCGGCACGGCGUCCACGAGCGGGAGAUUGGCCAAUGGCGCCGCCGUCUCGCAGCCGCAGGGCCUCCUGUCGAGGCUGUGCUACCACCAGGACGCGGAGAUCGACGCGCUCCUAACACUCGAGAGCGAGAGGAUGCGCGCGGUGCUGGAGGCGGCCCGGCGCAGGCACGCCCGGGCGCUGCUGGCGGCCGUGGACCGCGCCGCGUCGGGGCGGCUGCGCGCGGCGGAGGCCGAGCUGGAGCGCGCGCUCCGCCACAACGCGGAGCUGGAGGAGAAGGCCCGGCAGAUGGGGGCCGAGUGCCAGGCGUGGAUGGACGUCGCCCAGAGCCACGAGGCCGUCGCCGCCGGCCUCCGCGCCACGCUCGACCAGCUCCUGCAGUCGCCUCGCGCGGCAGCCGGCGCGAUUGGCGCUGCCCGCGAGGGUGACGCCGAGGACGCGCAGUCGUGCUGCUUCGAGGCGCCGGCGGCGGGCGCCGGCGCGGCGUCCAGGACCGCAGCGUCGUCGUCGUGCAGGGCGUGCGGCGGCGGGGACGCGUGCGUGCUGCUGCUCCCGUGCCGGCACCUGUGCCUCUGCCUCUCGUGCGAGGCCGCCGUGGACGCGUGCCCCAUCUGCGCCGCCGCCAAGAACGCCUCGCUCCAUGUCCUGCUGUCCUGAAGCCUCCAGCAUCAUCCGAGCACACACGGUGCACGCGUCCCUCGCUCUAUUCUCGCCGUCCACACCAGAUCGCUCGAUCAGACAAGAUGCCAAUGAUCAGAAUUGCAGUCUGGAAGCUGGGAAAGAGUGGCGCAAGAGCGACAGCGAAUCAGCGCAAGAGAGACUGGAAUUGUUCUUGCGACACCGUUGCCAAGAUGACCUAACCUGCACGAAAAAGUGAAUGGAGUUUGGCAUCCAAGAAAAAUGGAAUCGUGGCUCUGAUCCUCAGUUCAGUUACCGGACCGGCAAAAAUGGUGUACCAGCAAGUGUUAUGGGAAGAGUUGCAGUGUUCGUCAAGGAGAAGCAAAUUUGGUUGGUUCAUGAAUAUGGAAGCUGGGGUUGGUUCUCAGGGUACCAUGUAAAAGCCAGCUUUCCAUGCAGACAGUUCUGAAUAUUGAACAUCUCAGGCGUUUUAGACUUCAGAGUUUACUGCAGGCGUUCUUUCUGAGAAGUUCGGCAACAAUUUAACGAACCGUCAGAAUCAAUUGUUCCGGCAUCAUCAGUCUUCUGACGACCAAUGGAUAUGGCCUCAAAAUUGCAUGGCAAAUCAAAAUUCUGCUUUAGAGCUGUAUGUGUAGCGAGCGAACAUCGGUGUUCCAAGGAGUUCAGAUGACUGCAACGAUCAAGGCGUUACCACGAAAUGCAACACAGAUUCUGAACGGUACAAGGGCCGAAAACUGCUGCAGAAAUGAGACCAGCAAAGAGCCAGAGACUACAAAGUAACUGCAGGAAGCGAUCUCUAUCCGGGCAAAAGCUCUGCAACGUUACUGUGUAUGCUAUCCAAGAUCCAGCGUGUACUGCUGCUUCAAGUUCUUGGCAUGUGCAGAUGAGGCUGCGUAAUCACAGUUGCCCGGAGCCGGGGCCGGCAUGGAACAAAACACUGCUGGAGACGUUCUGAUUUCUCUAGCAUUGCACUCUGAAAGGGAACAUCUGAUUAGGGACUUUGUCUUGUCCCGGAACUAUUUCCUGGCCAUAUGUCGCCUUUGGCAGCAUGGCGAUUGUGCAUGGCCAAGACUCAGAGCGUUGGGCCUUUGUGAUACAUGCAUGUUCCUAUGUGUCGUGGUCACUUAAUUUCCCUCGUCAGCGACGAGUUCGUUUUUUUUUUUUGCCCCUUGUGAAACAUAACGUGCAUGAGCAUUCUUUUUUCAUUUUAGCUGAAAGAUCAUUUGGAUUUCAUCAGAACAAGUAUAUGCAUAUGCCGUCCAAUCAGGUGCAUCAUAUGCUCUCCCAUUCGCUUAGUAUUUUGUCUUUUUUCCUAUACCGGAGAUGAAGUUGAGUUA